CUCUGUACUGGGUAAGCUAAGUCAAGUGACCUCAAGUAUUUGCCUUGACGACACAUAAGGAACAGAUACAAACCUACACUAGAGCUGAAGUAACAGAGGAAAAUAUAGCAUUUCACUUCUCGAAAUGUAAGAGACAAUCGUUACAAACACAGGUGGAGAAUCCAACAAUGCAGACCAUGGAUAUUGAUGAGGACACGUAUCCCAACAAGCCCAGUUUUACAUUUUCAGGUAUCAAUUCAAGUACAAGCACACAGCUUUUGUUCCUUACAAUCCUGGAUGAUAUAAGUAUUUUAACAUUACCAGAGAGAGUUCAAAGAUCCUACAUGAUAUUUCUCUGUGAUUCAGCUAAUUUUCAGUGGUGGAAGAGACCCUCUGGAGUUGCUGCAGUGUGCCUGGGGCUGCUGUGUGUUCUUCUAUUGGCUGGUAUCAUAGGCCUGUCUCUCUAUUAUGGAGUCAUUGAUCAUCACUGCUCAACAGAGAGAGACCAACAGACCAGUUACAGCCUUCAGACUAAAGAAGGAGAUCAGCAACCCACCAGCUAUCAUAACUUGACUAAAGAGGGACAACAGCUACAGAGCAGUUACAACACCUUGACUAAAGAGAGAGACCAGCUACAGAGCAGUUACAACACCUUGACUAAAGAGAGAGACGAGCUACAGAGCAGUUACAACACCUUGACUAAAGAGAGAGACGAGCUACAGAGCAGUUACAACACCUUGACUAAAGAGAGAGACGAGCUACAGAGCAGUUACAACACCUUGAAUAAAGAGAGAGACGAGCUACAGAGCAGUUACAACACCUUGACUAAAGAGAGAGACGAGCUACAGAACAGUCUCACCACAAGGACCAAAGACAGGGACCAGCAGCAAAAUAGUCUUAAAGUUAUGACUGCUGAAAGGGAGCAAUUACAGAAUAGUCUUAACUCAAGGACCAAAGAGAGAAACCAGUUGCAGAAUAAUCUAAAUACCAGGACCACAGAGAAAAACCAGCUACAGAAUAGUCUCACAACCAAAACUAAGGAGAAAGACCAGUUGCAGAAUACUCUCACCACAAUAAUGCGGGAGAGAGACCAGUUGCAGAAUAAUCUAAAUACCAUGAUCGCAGAGAAAAAACAGCUACAGAAUAGUCUCACAACCAAAACUAAGGAGAAAGACCAGUUGCAGAAUACUCUCACCACAAUAACUCGGAAGAGAGACCAGUUGCAGAAUUAUCUAAAUACCAGGACCACUGAGAGGGACCAGCUACAGAAUAGUCUGAAUACCAGGACCUCUGAGAGAGACCAGGUACAGAACAGUCUAAAUACCAUGACCUCUGUGAGAGACCAGCUACAAAAUAUUCUAAAUACCACGACCACUGAGAGAGACCAGUUUAAAACGAGGCUUAGUUUCUAUGAGAAACCCUGUCUGGAUGGAUGGUGGAAGUUUGGCACCAGCUGUUACUAUGUCUCCUCCACGAUGGACACAGGCGGGGGCGGUCAGAAGGAGUGCAGAACAAUGGGUGGAGAUUAUGUUAUUAUAAACAGCAGAGAAGAACAGAUAUUUAUCAAUGGAUUUAAGAAGAAUGUCUGGAUUGGUGCACUUAAACAAGAUGGAAUCUGGAAGUGGGUUGACAGCACACCAUUUAACACUACCUAUUGGAUGGAAGGGGAACCUAAUAACUUGAAUGACAAGAUGAAUUGUGUUGAGAUCUCACAGACGGCAUCAGACCCAUUGAAGAGUUGGAAGGCUGCAACAUGUACUUCAAAUUACUGGGUGUGUGAAAAACCGUUCACACCAUAGUCUAAUUAUAGUAGCUAAUGUAAGUUCUUUCACUGUGUUAGGCUGAACCUGUUUUUGUUUCUAUGUGUUUGAAAGAUGUAUUUGAAAAAUGUAUUCAUGUCUUUAAAGAGACCAGAGCUAUGUGGAGUUUGUUCACUGUUCAUCAGGCUCAGGGGUUUGGAACUGUUGUUUAGUAGACUAAUUGUGUUUAAUUAUUUUAUUUCUGUACCAUAUUUACAAUGUUUGUGGUGUGCAUAAUAACAAUUUAAAAAUA